CACGAAGCAAAUCCCAGAGCUAUACUAUGCGCGUCAUCCACUCGCUCACCGCGCCCGCGCCCGCGCCGGCGACGGCGACGCCACCUGUCAGGCGGAGGACCAGCGCCGCCUGCAUCUCCCGGGAGUCCUCUCGGCCGCAACAGGCGCUUCCGACCCUGCCCUCUCGCCGGGCAGCACUGCUGGCCCUCAUCCUGGCCGGCACGACGCCCACGCCCCGCCCCGCCGCCGCCGCCUUCUCUCUCGGCAUCCCUGGGCCCAAGGAGUUGCUGCGGGAGCAGAAGAAGAAGUCGGCGCGCUUCCUCCUCGCGCCCAUCGCCGCCUCCCGCGACAUCCUCCUCAAAGCCUCGAGCAUUCUCGCUUCGGCCAAUUUGGGUGCUGAGGACGCCGAGGAGGUGGGGCGGAUGCUCGGCGCGGCCGGGCGAGACUGCGUGCCGCGGCAGAGGAACUCGAUCGUCGCGCUGCAGUCGCGGUCCGGCGUUGAGGUCUGCACAUUCAGCUUGAUACUGAAGAAUGCUGCGUCGCUUCUCACUGAUAAGGACCCUCUCAAGGUUGAAGCUGAUGCUAGGCUUGCUGAGCUAAUACAAUCAUUCUCCGACCUGGGAACUGUGGUGGAUAACAGUAACUUUGAGCUCACUGCUGAUAGAGAGAAGAUGAAGGAUGGCUUGCUGAGCACCGUCUCUGCUAUUGACAAAUUUGAACAGAGUGUUAAAGAUUGUUUAGGUAUCUAGAGUUUAUUGAAAGCACCUUUGAGGGUUAACUAAUUUCAGAGUAACCUAAAUCUACCUGCGAGGUAAUGCGAUGCUCUUCUGUUCAUCAGUACCUACUGUUGUCCGACAAGUUUGUAUGUUUGAUUUGACAUAUUCUAUUAUGGUAAUAAUGGUCAUUACAUAACAGGGAAAAUGAAAUAUCAAAAGUACUUAGGGAGGUUUUGAUUGUAGAAGCCUAUCCUUUUUUUCUUAGUUCACUCAUUCCCUGUCUUCUGUCUGCUGUGCUCCACAACCCGCCGGCUUGCAGAGCAGCACUAAAAUCGUUGCCAUGUACUUUAAACUUUUGUUUUCUUAUCUUGUUCCUGAUACUCAUUAAACUAAAUUUUCUUUCGUUCGAUCUUAGUUUGAGAUAAGUUUGAUUAUUCUAGUUGUUAGUUAUUGAAUAAACUAAAACGCUUGGUAAUACAAUUUUUCAUCAGCAAGACUUUCCGGAUUACCUUGAACUGCAUCGUACUAUACAAGUCACAUACUCACAUCUAAGUUUUGGAAUUUGAU